AUGCUUCAGAUGUCAGAUAUCAGUGAAAGUAGUAGUAAAAGUUACGGAGUUUCUCGGACUGUUUGGACUGAAGGAGACAUGAAGCUAUUUGUUGACAUACUGUUGGAGUAUAAAAGGAAGGGCGAAAUGAAGCAGAAUAACUUUGGUAAGUCUUGGGUCCAGAUUACCAAAGAUUUUAAUGCCAAAUCAGAGUAUAGGCAAACCCUUGAGCAACUGAGUCAGAAAUUUCAUCGCUUUAGAAUUGACUGGAAUGCUUUUAAGGAUUUGCGAGAGAAACACACUGGUCUUGGGUGGGAUCACCAAAAAGGAACCAUUACAGCUUCUGAAGAACGUUGGAAAGAGUUAAUCAAGUGUUGGUUCAGUUGGCGCAUAUGCUAUGGCAACGGGGCAAAGUCAAGUCAAGAAAGCUCGGGAAGGCUGGUGCGAAUGUUUGAAACCAUAAGGGAUGAAGAUGGUGACAAGUCUAGUGGUAAGAGGCAGAUGGAUAGUAAUAUGAAUAAAGAGGGAGACUCAAGAGGGAAGAAAAUGUCUAAGGGGAAUUCAAAAGAGGAUGUGUUUUGGGAAGCUGCAACAGAAGCUGCACUUGCAAAGGGGAAAAGUCAAGUUGAUGUUUCUGGAGGCAAGAAGGCUGUUGUUAUUCAUGUUCCGUACAAAUUGAGAAAAGCUUUCCGCAAGAUUCAUGUGAGGCUUGUCAGGGAGCUUGAGAAGAAAUUCAGUGGGAAGUAUGAUGUUCUACUUCAGAGAUUAAGCUACUUUUCCAAAAUGCCUUAUCUUUCAGUUUAUGCUGUGCAAUGUGUCAUAGAUGAAUCCAAUAAUGUAUCAAAUGACUUUAAGAUUGCUAUAGUUGAGAAUUGCUUCAACAUGCCUAUUCAUUCUGUGUGGAUCUUUUUGUCCUGCUUACAUGAGAAUGGCAGCAGAGGUAAGAUGGAAGGUUCGUCAAAUUUGAACAAUGAGUUGAUGGAUUAUUCGUCAUCAUCUGACGAAGAGGAAUUGGAGGAAUGGAAGUUACUACGUAUGGUAAAAACUCGCAAAACAAAAUUAAGCAAGACACCUUGUAGGACAUCAGCUUUGACCGGGCAUCAGUAUGUGAGGGAGGUGAUAUUUGGACAUCACGCUCGGAUUGUUCAAAAUUGUCGCAUCACGGUUGAUACUUUUUCGAGACUGUGUGAUGUACUUCGAGAGGGAAAUUACCUGUCAGAGCAUCACCAGCGACAAGUAUCUGUUGAGGAAGCUCUUGCUAUGUUUUUGAAUUUAACUGGCACAGACGGGCAAACAUAUGUGAUUUCAGAAAGAUUUCAGCAUUCAAGAGAGACAGUUCAGCGAAACAUUGAUGAUGUAGUGCAAGCUUUGGUCCGAUUCUCAUCAGUUAUCAUUGCACCACGGAAUGAACAAGAGGUACAUCCAAGAAUAAGAAACAGCACGAAGUUUUAUCCUUGGUUCAAGGUAAAUGCAUGA